UUGCUGUGGGGGAGAGCGGCAUCGGCCCGCCCCGACGCCUCGGAGGUGCUGAGCCAGCACCUGCGGCAGCGCGGCCUGCCUCAUGGGACGUCGUACUGCGUUAAGUACAGCGCGGUGCGCAACGACCAGUUCGGCCUCUCGCACUUCAACUGGUGCGUGGACGGUGCCAACUACCACAUCCUGCGCACCGGCUGCUUCCCCUUCGUCAAGUACCACUGCUCCCGCGCCGCCCCGCAGGACCUGGCGCUGCAGAACGCCGCCUUCACCGCCCUCAAGGUGCUCAACGCCGGCAUCCCAACCUUACUAUAUGGAAUUGGCUCCUGGUUCUUUGUCAGUGUCACAGAGACUGUUCACACCAGUCGUGGCCCGGUUACUAUUUAUUUUCUAAAUAAAGAAGAUGAAGGUGCAAUGUACUGAAAUGGUGCCCUCAAGUACUGUCAGUUGGUGGGUUUCCAUGUUACAGCUGCUACAAGUAUCUGCUCCCGGUGCCUAAAGAGAACUCAAGGCAGCUCUGUAUUUUUAUACGGUGUAUUCUUUCACUUAACACUGUGUCUUCAGGAAGCUUCCUGGAAUUUUUUGGCAAUAGGCUUGUUUUUGGAGAGGAUAGUAAAGUUGAAAAAGUAGAAGCUUUGGGAGAAGAACUAAUAUCUCUGAGAGUGUUAGAAUACAUAAGUACAUAAGUCAGUGACUGGAACUGUUCAAGAAGUUUCUAAUAAUUUAAAAAGGUACAUCUACCAAUGUGGGCAAGGAAGCUGUGAAUCCGUGAGACUUCUCUGAAAGCACUAAACUGCUUAAGUCUCAACUAGUUGGUGUUUUGAAAUGUAAUAGUGGUUACAGUUGUGAGAGGGUUUGGAUGAACCCAUGGCACUGACUGCUAGUGGUACCAGAAGGCUUUCUAGAAAAAAUACCUCUGAGAAGUUUGGGGAAAAAAAAAAAAAAAA